AUGAAGAGCGUUAGCGCAAGCGAUGAGGAGGCUGGCACAGAGAGCGAGUACAACGACAGCGACAUAGAGGGCAUAGUUAAUAGCAACAACGACGUGGUAGUGCCGCAGCGACAGCCGCGCAGCGCUGUACUGGCUGAUAAGAUAAAGGAUACCCGUAAGCUGUUUAAGUAG